AUGUCGGCUAAAAGUAGUGACCCCGCAUCAGCGGCCCUCAUGAGCACUGACAACUGGGGCUCGAUCGAAGAGGUUGUCAACGCACCUCUUGGGCCUGUGGCUGGUGAUGCCUCGUGGUUUUCGGUGUUCUGCAUGUGCCUGACGCUGCCUCUGAACCUCAUCCAGGGCUGCAUCGGAGGUCUUUGCAAGUCCGCCAUGGCUUUCAUGGUGCUUGGAUGCUACUGCUGCCAAUGCAUUCC